UAUAAACUAAUUUGGGUUUUUUUUUUACUAAAAAGAUUUUGGCUGAAAUUUGGGCCGAAAUUUGAUUUUAAACUUUUUUUAUUACCAGACAUGUUUAAUAACAAAAAUCAAAAGUAUUGUUUUAUUUUUCACAAUUGUUGGUCUUUUUUUGUUUAUAGCACAAAAAAAAAAAACGGACAGGCGAUCAAAUACCACCGAAAGAAAGCUCUAUUUGUGGGAAAAAAGGACAAAAAUUUAAUUUUUGUCCAACGUUGCAUGUUCGCACAAUUGUCAGUUAACGUAAUGCAGCACCGUAUCGCAAAAAAUGGCCUGAUCAGGAAGGGGGGUAAAUCCUCUGGAGGGCAAGUGGUU